AUGCAUACUCUACCCACUAUUCGUCCCGCCACGACCGUCGCAUCGUCACGACUAGCUUUACACAGCUCACAUCUUUCGCCGUCCAACAAUCGCAAUUAUACGCAAACUUCCGCCAUGGCUUCUGAAAUGACUCCUGUUUUUGCCAAGGACGCCGCUCCUCCUGCCGGUCCUUACUCCCACGCAAUCAAAGCCCAAGGCCUAAUCUUCGCCUCCGGCUGCAUCCCCUGCGACGCCGAAGGCAAGAUCCUCGAAGUCGGAACCCUCCAGGAAAAGACCGCCCUGUGCAUCCAAAAUGUCCGCGCUGUCCUCGCCGCUGCCGGCUCUGAAAUCACAAAGGUCGUCAAGGUUACUGUCUUCUUGACCGAUAUGGGUGACUUUGCGGAUAUGAAUGAGGAGUACUCCAAGCACUUCAGCCACAAGCCCGCUAGGAGCUGUGUGGCUGUUAAGCAGUUGCCCAAGGGUGUGCCGGUUGAGAUUGAGGUUGUUGCUUUGCAAUAA